AUGGAGGUGGCAAAGAGUGCAGCUGAGGUGAACGAGGAAGAGGCGAGAGCUGAGCGAAAACGACGACAGAGACUCGCACAGGAAGAGUUCAGACAGAAACAACUCAUGAAACAAAACCCUGAUGAUGACCACGAGCUGAGUAAAAAUAGUAGCAGUUUCGACAAGUUACUGAUGGACAUCCCGACCCAGGAUAUAGUGAUCGAGGCGACGGGCGAAGACUCCACGAAACGGAAGUCUCCCGGAGGGGACGGCAGCGUCGCCAAGCGCCGCACUGGCUCCGUCAGCAAACUUGACAUUAUGAAGAAUGAAUAA